CCAACUCACUCACCAGAUUGUAGAGGAGGAAAUCCUAACCAGCCGUCCGUGAUCAGCCAGCUAGAGGAGCUCAACACCAUCGUCGCUGAGAGAUGUCGAGCCAGGCGUCAGAGUAAGCAUCGGAGAACUUUUUCAAGUUAUUAAGACUUUAUGGUUAAGAGUUAAAGAUUGGAGAUUCAUUUCUUUUGGACAAUUUGAGUUUUGCCCACAUGUUUAGGGCUUCGAUUUGAGAUAUUAAGAUAUUUGAGUUCGGUAUUGUAUUUUAAGUUGUGUAUUUGCAGAUUUUUAAUUAUACCUCGGGGUAGAAAUGUCUUUUUUUUCCAAAUUCACGAGGUGGGAUGUUUCAAACUAAUGUAAUAAAGUUUUGUUAGUUCAUAUUUGUAACACAACAAAAUGUGAAAAAUAUAACAAAGACCAAUAAUUCCAUCAAUAAGGAUUUUGAAAAGUAGGUGAAAGUUCAAAAUCUAAAGAAUGAAAUGCAGGCAACCACUGAAAAUAAUCACAAAAAAGGUGAAAAUUAAAAGGUUUUGAACUAUCUGAAGGAACCGCUUCAUUAUUCCCCCUCUUUCUCUCUCUCUCUCCAAUUGAGAAAAAAUGUGCAGAUGAAAAAAAGGGGGGAAAACAAAAUUCUUUCUUGGGAGCCAAUUUAUUUUCUUGGAAUUCUCUGCUCCCCCCUUUACCUCUCUCUUUCUUCAUCUCGCAAAAUUUUUGUCCCUGAUUUUGAUAAUAUACUUCACCAUCUUCUUUCCUUUUGGUUCGAAUUCUUUCAGAUAAUUUUGGAGCUCGGCGACGGUGUAAAUUUAUUCUAAUGCGGUUAAACCAUGAUAUUGUGCGUCGUUGCUAUCUUAUCCUUUGAUCUUGGUCUCUCUGCAUUUUUAAUCCCGACAAGGGGUCGAGCUUUCUGAAUUCUUUUUUUUUUAAGAAGCUUUCUGAAUUCUUAUUCUUUGUUGUUGUUGUACCUCUGAAUUCUUAUUCCUUAUUAUUGUUUUUCCUCGGCAAUCAUCCAAUUCGGUUGCUGAUUGUGGGGUUCAUUAUGAAUUUUUGGAUUGAAUAUCAAAAGUAAAAAAAACUAAAGUUAAACGGGUGAUUUCCUUCUUUUGAAACAAUUUUGUUAUAGAAUCAUAGAGAUGACUUGCAAAAUUUAAAUCAUUUUUGUAUAUUUCCUCAAUAUUUGGGAGGAAGAGCUAUGAACUAGAGUCUUGACAAGCGAUGGAUCAUCUUGUCGGUGGGAAAUUCAAACUCGGUCGGAAGAUCGGUAGUGGAUCUUUUGGGGAGUUAUACAUUGCUGUCAAUGUCCAGACAGGAGAAGAAGUUGGUGUGAAGCUGGAGUCUGUGAAGACCAAACAUCCCCAGCUACACUAUGAGUCUAAAAUUUACAUGAUUCUCCAAGGGGGGACUGGAAUUCCUGAGUUGAAGUGGUUUGGUGUUGAGGGUGACUACAAUGUCAUGGUCAUAGACCUUUUGGGGCCGAGCCUAGAAGACUUGUUUAACUACUGCAACCGCAAAUUCUCUUUAAAGACAGUUCUUAUGCUUGGAGAUCAGUUGAUUAAUAGAAUUGAGUAUAUGCACUCAAGGGGUUUCCUGCACCGUGAUAUAAAACCUGACAACUUUCUAAUGGGUUUAGGACGCAAAGCUAAUCAGGUGUAUGUUAUCGAUUACGGGCUUGCAAAGAAGUAUAGAGAUCUUCAAACUCAUAAGCACAUACCAUACAGGGAAAACAAAAAUCUUACGGGCACAGCUAGAUACGCCAGUGUAAACACCCAUCUUGGAGUUGAACAGAGCAGAAGGGAUGACUUGGAAUCCCUUGGAUAUGUACUCAUGUACUUCUUAAGGGGAAGUCUUCCAUGGCAGGGUCUAAAGGCGGGAAAUAAAAAACAGAAGUAUGAUAAAAUUAGUGAAAAGAAGAUGUUAACACCAAUUGAGGUUCUGUGCAAGUCAUAUCCAUCAGAGUUUACAUCAUACUUCCACUACUGUAGAUCCUUAAGGUUCGAAGACAAGCCUGAUUAUGCAUAUUUGAAAAGGCUAUUUCGGGACCUUUUUGUUCGUGAAGGCUAUCAGUUUGACUACAUAUUUGACUGGACCAUAUUGAAGUAUCCUCAAAUAGGCUCCAGUUCUAGACAUCGGGCCAGUGGAAAAACAGGAGUGAAACCACAAGCGACAGGUGAAAAGCCAGAAAAGCCAUCAGAGACUCGUGAAAGACCAAUAUCGGGAGGCGUAGAUGCUUUAGUUAGUAGAAAGAGUGUGUCUGGUAUUGGGCAUCGUGAGCGCUCAAAGAACAGGCAAGCAGAGGAUGGAUCAUCCUCCAAGGACAACCGAUCUGACAUUGAGAAAAGUCGGCCAUCUUCCUCCCGAAACGUGUCAAAGAAAGCAGUAGCAUCCUCCAGUAGAUUGAGCUCCUCAAACGUAGGAAGUGAAAGUCGAUCAAGUUGGCUCUUCUCCAAUAGCAGCCGCCUCUCAACUACUCAGAGAAUACACUCUGGUUCUGAUACAAAAGCCCCAUCAACCUCUCAACACCAUGGUGGCACUCCCCGAGAAUCAACUCGCGAUCAACAUCAGCUUCGUAGCUUCGAUAACCUUGUCAUUGAUGCGGAUCGGAGGAGGCGAUGAAACCAAUUCAUGGGAACUCAUUUUUACCUUCCCUAGCACCUACGGUUCACUAUGGAGAAUUCUCAUUCUUCUCCAAUCUCACUUAUGUAUUCAUUCACACCACUUAUUUGUUGGGGGAAAAACAAAAACCCCAAAGAAAAAAAGAAAAAAAAAAAAGAAAAGAAAAGUGGAUUGGGAAUAACUUUCUAAGAAAGCCAUGGAUCGAGAAUGUGGUGGAGGCUGUAUUUGCAGGUGUUAUUAUGCUCUGCAUAUAAAUGUAAAGUUGUCAAAAGAAUAUCUAAGACACGUCCUGGUAAGGAAAAAAGAACAUUCCUGGAGAUCCUGCCAUGCUUGACAUCCUUCUGUAAUCCUGUGUUAUUGCUUUGUAAAAUUAUUUUCCUUACAUGGACCAUUAAACUAAUUAUCAUCAUUUGUAUUAAACUAAAUUUCUUCAUACUACAAAAGCGUUCAACUAUAAUGCUCAUGUUGAACUAUUUUGAUAAAUUUCUAUUUGCCACUCACUUAUUUUUUUAAAUAAUUUUUCCCUAAGUCCUUUUUCUUUAAAAACUACUUCAUCAACUUUAGAUUUCCAUAAAACCAAAAAUAACAUGAACUCCUCAUUCUCCUAUUGCUCAAGAAAUUUGAAACACGACA